AGAUGCAGCUGGAGGCUAAAGCUCAGGAAAUGAAGAAACUGGGGAAGAGGGAAAAGGCCCACAAACUGCUAGUGCAUGCUCUCAGUAUGAACCCUGACUUUGUGGAAGCUCUGACAGAGCUUGGGACCAUCCUGGAGGAGAAGGAUGUAGUCCAGGCUGAUCAUCUCUACACUGUAAUGGUCAUCUCCCCCUGUAAUGAAUGGUCUCUGGUGAGCCGCCAUCGGACUCUGCCUUUGGUGGAGGAGCUUGACCAGCGUUACUUUAGCAUCAUUGACAGUAAAGUGAGGAGGCUUAUGUCCAUUCCCAAAGGCAACUCUGCACUGUGUCGGGUGAUGGAGGAAAUGUACUAUCACCACAUCUACCACAUGGUGGAUGAAGGCAGCACGCUCACCCUGUCUGAAAUUCGUUACAUCCUGGAGACGCGCUACGCUGUACCUGGGAAACGUCUGCAGGAGCAGAACGAGGCUGUGGGCAUAGAUGCUGCCAUGAAGUUCAUGAACACCACACUGUUGUCCACGUCUGCAGCCAUCACUGUCAGUGACAUCCUGGAGAUUCACCGGUGUGUUCUUGGUUACCUGGACCCCAUGGAGGGAGGGAGGCUGCGUACCAACCAGGUCUUUGUGGGUCACCACAUACCGCCCCACCCUCGGGACCUGGAGAAACACAUGCAGGAGCUUGUGCAGUGGCUUAACUCUGAGGAGGCACUGCAGCUCCACCCUGUAGAGUGCGCUGCUCUCGCCCACUACAAACUGGUUUACGUUCACCCAUUCAUAGACGGAAACGGACGCACAUCACGUCUGCUCAUGAACCUCAUUCUUAUGAGGGCCAGGUAUCCACCGAUCACCAUACGAAAAGAGCAGAGAGCUGAAUAUUAUGCAGCUCUGGACAGGGCCCACUUUAGGUUCAGGUUGUUUUGAUUUUCAACAGACUUC